ACUCUUUAAGCUCAAGAAGCUAAAGGCGUCCGUCAUGCAUGACUGCAUGGUCAAGCUGCUGAAGAACCAAGACAACGUGUCUUUGGAGUGUCUGUGCAGCCUGCUCACCACCAUCGGAAAACACUUUGACAUAGAGGAGGCCAAGCCUCGGAUGAAUCAGUAUUUUUACCAGAUCAAAAAAAUCGUCAGAGAGGGGAAGACGGCCACUCGUAUACAGCUCAUGUUGAAGGAAAUUAUAGACCUGAGAUUGCACAACUGGGUGUCCACAGGACCCGACCAGGGUCAAAAAAACAUUGAUCCGUGCCACAAGGUGGCAAAGAUUGAAGAGCGGGAGGAGCCGAGAAAAGUGUAGCAGCAACUCCUCGCCAAAGACACCAAGAGACAGCC